AUGGUUGAGGGGGAAUACGAUGAUGUGACAUUGGUGUUGUCGAUAAUUGUAUCCUUCUCUAUCACAGUCAUCUUAGCCAUUGUCUUUUGCGCCUACAGGAUAUUCUUUAGCAGACUGCGAAUCAAUGGAGAAUAUCAAAGUUUAUCGUCAUCCAUAACUGAUAAUUUGUUAGGAUCACAUCUGAAUGAUGUGCCACGGGAGUUUUUAAAUGAUGAGGAAAGUUUAACCCAUUUGGCUGAGGCUUUUGAUUUUACGGGGCUAUCGCCAGAAGAACAACAGCUGUAUCUCAAGGGCCAAGAAUUUACUGUUAAUAACCCACCUGAUUUUACAAAGACGAGGGGCAAGACUUUUUCCUUGGAGGAUGAGCGAAUGAUUAAAGAGUAUGGAAUCAAUGUGUUUACCUUUGAAAUGGAGACUGAUACGUUGAAUCCCCAUUAUAUUGUUGCUGAUAAGACAGAAUUGAACUUUAAUAAUAAUGAUUUGCCUUAUUGUACUACAACGGCAAGUCUCAACUAUCCAUUACCAGUUAGAAAUCGAGUAUUUUCUGAUACCAUUUAUUUUGAAACAAAAGUUUUUGAAUUUAUUCAAGACCCCAAUUUGUCAAGUCAGCAUUUCUCCAUUGGGUUGAUUACAAAGCCAUACCCUACAUCAUUCAGAUUACCAGGAUAUAACAAAUUCUCAAUUGCUUAUGAGAGUACAGGUAAUCUCAAGAUUAACAAACCUUUUCCUACUCCAUUACAACAACACCUUGGUGAACAAAGUCAAUAUAAUGCAUUAGUUUUACCGCCUUUGCAAGAAGCAGAUGUGGUUGGGUUUGGUUAUGUCAUCCCAACAGGUACAUUAUUCAUUACCCGUAAUGGGAAGAAACUUUUGGAUGUAAUGAAGGGGUGUUUUGUUGAUUUGUAUCCUGCCGUUGGAUGUUUUUCAACCAAUGCUAAAUUCCAGGUCAACUUGGGUCAAAGUGGAUUUGUUUGGAUUGAGGCUAAUGUAAGAAAAUAUGGAUUUGUUUCGACUAGCGAUUAUAAGAAAUUAGGUGGUGAACGAGGAUUAGCAAACUUGCCUCAGUAUAACAAGGUCCUCAAAGAUAAUAAUGACAAAUUACUUGAUAAGGGUGAAGAGUUGCCACCUCGGUAUAAUCUGGAAGAAGAAUUGGAUUUCUUUGGUAGAAGCUCAAAUGAUGUGACUAGAGUAGGAUCGAGUGCGCAGCAUAUGAGAAUGAAUGAGAAGCCAGUAACAAAAAGAGGUGGCAAUGAUGAUGAGGAUGAAGAUGAUGAGGUCAAGAGUAUUGAUGGGACACAUGUGACUAAUGAGCCAGAGGAAGUUAUGGAUUUAAGGGAGAGAAUAUAUGAACAAAAUAUCCAAAAUGAUGUACUGGAAGAUAAUCAGUCGGAAUCAGUGCCAUUGCUUGCUUCGGAGAGUGGUGUUGAAUAUGGAUCAAGUGGACAAACCAGUAAAAAACUGUCAAAAGCUGAGCCAAGUGAGGCUGCCAAAGGAGAAACUACACAUGAAGAAAGAGAACCGGAAUUAUCCUUAGCAAAGCCUAGCGAUCCAGAAGUGAGUGGCUUGGAAGAGCCCAACCAAUCAGUACCCACUCUGGGUGAAUCUAAUAUAGUCGAGGCCCCACCCUCAGCUUCUGCUAAUGCAUCUGAAGCUCCACAAACUGAACAACUCUCUGCUACCAAUGAUACCUCCACCGAACCAAGCAGUCGAGAUGUGACACCAGGUGCUGAAGGAUCUUCUACCAACCCAACACAAUCAAAGAACAGCAAGGCCAGUAAUAAAAAGAAGAAAAAGUCUGGUAAGAAGGGAAAUAAAAAGAAGAAGAGAAAGUAA